CAGUCAAAGAAGUUAAAAGGGAUAAUACUUAUUUUUCCCUCUCUUUCAGAUGGCCUUCAAGAGAAAAGCCUUCUUCUUUAUUUUUGCACUGGGCAUUAUUUUUCUGAUUUUGUCAGUUCUGUGGGAUUCCAGCAGUAUCUGCAACCUAUAUCAAAAGGACAUGGCAGGUUUCAGGAGAAACAGUGAUGACUUUCUGAAGCUGCCUGAGAUAGAUUGCAGUAGGAAUGCACCAUUCCUAGUAAUACUGGUAACAUCACGACUUGGUCAAAUGGAAGCACGGAUGGCUAUUUGCAGUACAUGGGGCAAAGAAAGAAGAAUAGCUGGCAAACGUAUUGUGACAUAUUUUCUCCUGGGAAAUAAUUCACGGCCCUAUGACCAGAUUGGUAUUAUUACCGAAAACAUACUAUAUAAAGACAUCAUUCAGAAGGACUUUAUGGACACAUAUUAUAACUUAACUUUAAAGACUUUGAUGGGUCUUGAAUGGAUCCAUAAAUUCUGUCCACAGUCUACCUUUGUGAUGAAAACUGACUGUGACAUGUUUGUUAAUACUUAUUACUUGACUGAACUUCUCCUGAAAAGAAACAGUACCACCAAAUUGUUUACAGGCUCUAACAAAAUGCAUGGACAUCCCAUAAGAGAUGCAAAGAGUAAAUGGUAUGUGAGUAAAGAGGAAUAUCCAGGAGAGAAUUACCCUCCAUUUGCUUCCGGAACUGGUUAUGUUCUCUCUACUGAUGUUGCAAGAGAAGUAUAUGUUGUUUCAAAAAACAUCCCCUUCUUGAAACUGGAGGAUGUCUUUGUGGGUCUGUGCCUUGUUGAAAUCAAAAUUCAGCCAGAGGAACUAGACUCUCAGCCAACUUUUUUUGCCAGCAAUGUUCCAUUUUCUCCUUGUUGUUAUAAGAAAAUAAUCACAAGCCAUUACAACACUCCUGCUCAGAUCAUACUGUAUUGGGAUGGAAUGGAGAGGACAAUGGAUGAAGCAUGUUCAGGUGAUCAAGGAAGUUCACCAAUCUAAGGAUAUCUGGAACAUAAUCUAGAAUCCCACUGCUACAAUAUUAUCCAGGCAGCUACAUUUUUAGGACACAUAAGAACUAAACUGGGUAUUUUUAAA